CGACAACAACGACGACCACUUGCUCCUACUACACCACGAUGUCGGCCCGAGUACCCUUUGGCACGAACGCGCGCAGGCAGAUCCUGGACCGCGUGUCCAAUCCGGCAAUCAUCGCCAUCCCCGCCCCGCUGACGGGUAACAACGUGCCGUUCUCGCUCAAGAAGACGCGGCGCAACUGGAAGCCCAACACCAAGCGUGCCAGCUUCCCCGUCACCCUCCUCGGCGACGCGCAGGAGCGCACGUGGCGCGCGUACGACGAGGCGCUCGAGACUGGACGGACAAAGGUCAAGCUCCCGCAGCUCCAGGGCGUCCGGAUCAACGCGAGGGAUAUUAGGAGUGUGCAGAAGGCUGGUGGUGUCGAGGGCAUGCUGCUCUCGCGCCCAAGCAAGCACUUCACCUCCUUCGGCCGCCAGCUCCGCAACGACCUCUUCAACCAGCUGCACGGCCUGCGCUACGAGAUGCUCCGGGCCAAGCAGCUGGAGCUGGAGCAGCUCGAGGCUCCCAAGGCGGCCGAGACCGAGCCCGGGCUGCCUCUGAUCGAGGGCGGCGAGCGGCCAUGAGCGCGCGCGGGAGAGAAGUAGACGGCAUAUAGCAGCAUGGCAUGUACAACUCACAUUGCGGU